CAAGGACUGUAAUUUUGGGCCGAUUUUUUGGGUUGAGUGUAUCGACUAGUAUUGGGAUGGUCCACGUUAUCACACCGCCUCCAACAGACGUUAGUCGAAACAAUAUAAUUUGGUUGGCAGGACCCCGCCUCAUAGGCAUCCUGUUCAACUGGUCAUUGCUUGGCGUCCUGACCACACAAGUAUACAUAUAUUACCUCAACUUCCCAAAAGAUCUGAAGUGGCACAAGGUUUUAGUAUACAUCGUAUACCUUCUUGAUUGGGCUCAAACGUGCUCUGCAACCUACGAUGCCUUUCAUUGGUUCGUAUACGGUUGGGGAAGUAUAGACGCGUUGUACGAUUUAUAUUCGACAUUUUUGAAUGUACCAAUCUUGUCUAGUGUCAUUGCCGCGAUCGUGCAGGCUUUUUUCGCAUGGCGAAUUUGGAGAUUGACGCAGUCCAGGAUUAUUUCGAUCUUGAUAAUAUUGCUUGCACUGCUACAAUUGGGAGGAGGGAUCGCUGUUGGGAUUUUUGUCUGGAGAGAUUCUUCCGAGGUCGCUCGUUCUGAUGGACUGGUGAGCGCCGUUGGCGUAAGACUUGCGGGCAGCGCGUUUGCGGACACGGUUAUUGCGAUCAGUAUGACAUAUUUUCUUUUGCGCAGCAAAUCUCAGGUGAUGGGGCAUAUGAACAAUGUUGUAACUCGUCUGAUCCGACUUACAAUAGAAACCGGUACAAUGACCGCCAUCGCUGCCAUCGUUGACCUCGUCUUCUUCCUCAAAGCAACCAAUGGCCUUCACCAGGUAUCCGGUGUCAUCCUAUGCAAAUUAUAUAGCAAUAGCCUGCUUGUUUUAUUUAACAACAGGAUGAUUGUAACCUCUUCCAAGAAAGAUCAAACACAUUUUCUGUCUAAUAGCAGUGGCACGAAUACCUCCGAGGGAGAAAGCUCGAGGGAGCUAGAGACCUUCAAGGCAGCAGUACCUCGGGUCAGCACAUUGGAUUUGGACGGCGGGAUUUCGGUCUCAACUAAAGGAGAGUGGAGGUCAAGAUCGCAAAUCGAGGCUAUACCUUUGGAUGAUUUUACUUGACAUUAACAGGGAGGGGUUGUUGCAGUAUUCAUUCUGUAAAUUAUCAUAUUUUAAUAGCUUAGUACAUGUGCUGGGAUUCUUUGGAUGAAUAUUAUUACUAAUGAAUCGAUGGCGUCGCGUACAAACCACGCUACCUGAUAGCGCCUCGGGCGCGAGCUCAGAAAGAUGCGAUGUAUACACUCACCUACAUAGUAAAAAAACUUC